AUGGGUGACAUUGGAACAGAUUCACAGUCAUGGAUGCCGCCAAUGACCCCUCAGGCUCUGCCGUUGGGCAAAGCCAAUAUGUUCCCAUCUGAUGAUCCUCAUUCCGUCAGUGUGUCCCUUCCAACCUGGGACUCGGUCAUUGGCCUAUCCCGAAAAGAAGACUGGGUGAUGGAUAAGCUGGCAUGUAGCUAUCCACGUGCUGUAUUGCAGCGACUUCAAAAAACCGACAAAAACAUCGGUUGCCUGGCCUUCAACACUGUCAAAGCUAGCCGGAAAUGCGCCACUGUUCUCCAAAAGGAGGCGACAGAGAAGCAAUUGAGACUGGAGGUUGUUCGAUUCUUUAUGCCUGCAGAGUCAAAUUUUACAAAACUUUCUGGAGUGCAUUGGGCUAAUUUCUCUGCUGUUCUUUUCCACAAUGAUCUGAGGAAGGAAGCUAUGGGGUACUGGCGUGAUACGGGAGCCGGUCUUUCCACGCGCCACGCGUCGUUCUGUCUCGAAGAACUUGAUUAUCUGGACUCUGACUCCGUGAACCCGAAACUGCGAACUCCCGCGCUGCAGAAAAGAACACAUUGCCGCCAGCUUCCAGCGUACGCGGCUUGGAUACAAACUGCACCUGCGAGUCAGCACGAGCUCCAGUCGUUCAUCGCACGGCUGGCAAGCUCAGAGCAACCCGGACAGCCCGCUGUAGCGCCUGGGGACGUGUUCCUCUAUCCUACUGGCAUGAAUGCGAUAUAUUCUCUGUCGGAGACUUUGGCGUCGCUGAAGUCAGACUCCCAGGUAGCAGCGUACGGAUGGCUCUACCCAGAGACCGUUGAGGUACUCCGACGAGGGGCGUGGAAGAACAUACUGUCGUUUAAAGAUGGGACAGAAAAAGAAUUGGAUCAGCUGGAGACCAUGCUGCAAUCCGGCCAGCGGAUUCACACGCUCUUCUGUGAGCUGCCAAGUAACAUCAAACUCUCAUCGCCCAACCUCCGCCGUAUCCGCACUUUGGCUGAUCAAUAUGGCUUCAUUGUUGCCUGCGACGACACCGUUGCAGGCUAUGUCAAUAUCGAUGCACUCCCCUAUGUGGAUGUCAUGAUGUCGAGUUUGACUAAAACUUUCAGUGGAAGUUCCAAUGUGACCGGAGGAAGCCUGGUCAUUAAUCCUAAUUCCCACCAUCACGCUCAGAUUCAUGCUGCUCUCUCUACCAACUACGAGAACAUCUAUUUCCCUCUCGAUCUCAGCACCCUCCUCCAUAACUGCCAAGAUAUUGCCUGGCGGGUGGGGAAAUGCAAUGAAAACACACUUCCCCUAGUAAACUUACUCGCAAAGCACCCAUCCAUUGCACAAGUCAACCAUCCAUCCAUCGACGCAACCGCCGAUCUAUACAAAAGCCUCAUCCGUAAAGAUGGUGGCUUUGGAAACGUACUCAGCAUCAUAUUUCACCAGCCUAGUAGCGCAAAGCACUUCUACAAUGUUCUAGAAGUUUGCAAAGGAUCCAGCUUUGGUACAAAUUUCACCCUAGCCAUUCCCUACGUCCAACUAGCCAACUACUGGAAUCGUGACAAGGUCCCUAAAUACGGAGUGCCACAGCAUAUUAUUCGAAUCAGUGUUGGACUGGAGGACAGCACAGAGCUUGUCCAGACUUUCUCCAGGGCGCUUGAUGAUGUCGUCAAACUUGAGUCUAAGAUCGCUCGGGUAGUUGACAUUACGGAUUCACGUCCAUAG